CUCGCUUUCUCUUCAUUGUUGUCUGCCGAUUCCACCUCGUCAUCACCCCCCUUCCCACACCCCAAACGAACCACAAUUACGUCCGCUGCAAGUUGCCCGGCAACCUGCAUCUCAACCGACGCUCACCUUCCCCGGAUUCCUAGCGAGCCGAGGAUUCCAUCCUGUACCCAACCCUACAUUGCUCCCGACAGCUACCACCUGCCCCCACACAUACAACUUUGACGACACCACCUCCUCGCAGGAACCCGGGUCGACGGUUCCCAUGAAACAGCAAUCAUGACGUCCCGAAAAACGCAACAAGAGAUCGACAAGACCUUCAAGAAGGUGGCCGAGGGGAUCCAACAAUUCGAGGGCAUCUACGAGAAGAUCCGGUCGACGACGAAUGCCACGCAACGAGACAAACUGGAAGAGAACUUGAAACGAGAGAUCAAGAAGCUUCAACGGUAUCGCGAUCAAAUCAAAUCGUGGGCUUCGGGCAAUGAAGUCAAAGACAAAGGACCGCUGCUGGAGCAGCGUCGAGCCAUCGAAACUUGUAUGGAGCAAUUCAAGGCAGUGGAGAAGGAGAUGAAGACCAAGGCGUAUUCGAAAGAAGGCCUCUCCGCCGCCUCGAGACUCGAUCCGAAAGAGAAAGAGAAGGUGGAGACGUGUGACUUCCUGUCCAACAUGGUGGACGAGCUGCAGCAGAAGAUCGAGGCCAUGGAGGCGGAAGAAGAAACCCUGCACAUGCAAGUGAAGAAGGGCAAGAAGGACGUCUCCAAGACGAAUCGAUUAGCGGAUCUCACGCGAAUCAACGAGCGGCACAAGUGGCACGUCAACAAGCUCGAGAUGCUGCUGCGGUCCUUGCAAAACGGCAACAUCGAAGUCAAUCAGGUGAUCGACAUCAAGGAGAGCAUCAAAUACUACGUGGAGGAUGGGCACAACGUGGACUACUCCGGGGAGGACGAGACUCUCUACGACGAUCUCAUCUUUGGAGACGACCCCGAUGGACAGUAUGCCAAUGCCGACAACGACCGGGUGUCGUCACAAGAUACGCAAUCGGUGCAGGAAGAUGAGUCGGAACCCAAGAUCAAGCCGAUCAAGAGCAACAGCGAUGCGACGGGGCCUCGACGACCGUCAGCACAGAUGAAGUCGCCGCUGCCCGUGCUCGCUACGCUGCACCCGUCGACCUCCACCAGCGCUACGUCCGGCAUGAAACCUGCGCCACCACCAACACGUCUGCCUGGUGAAACGCUCAAGUAUGCCUCGGCGGCGGCGGCUGCUGCUGCCAGCGACAAGAACGGCGUCGGUAUCGCUCCCCUCCCUCCGCCGCCGGGCGCCAGCCCUGCUUUCCCGGUCGCAGUUCCCGCCUCGAAAGCUUCGUCAACCGCCUCACCCAGCGUCUCGUCGGUACAACCUGCCAUCCGAACAACCUCGACGCCGGCCCCAACGACAGAGGAGACCAGCGUACGGCCGAAAACCCCUGCCAUCAGUCCCAACAUCGCCGCCGCAAAUGCCGCCGCCCCUCCGUCGAGCACCACGGUGGCCCCUCCGCCACCGACGACGACGGACAAGGCAGAGGCCCCUCCAACAACCACAGCCACUCGGGGGUCAACGGGGGUCAACGGGGAUUCGAGCAGCAAAGAGGAAAGCGGCGAGUCGGUAUAUCACCUGCCGCCGGGGUUGCAGGACCUGAUCCAUUCCUUCGAGGUGACCAAGGAGCGAGCGUCGACAACAUCGUCGAAUCCGCCGCCGUCAGUGCAACGACUUCUCGCCGCAUCACUCUCGACGAUGCCCGAGCCGGCCGACGCAGAGAAACCCCGACACUACAAGCCCCAGAACCCGUACAACACGCCCCUCUACUACCCCCAAGAACCCCUGUCCAUCUUUGACGAUCCGCGGUUAUACGACACGGGGCGCAUCGACACGGAUACGCUCUUCUACCUGUUCUACUACCGGCAGGGCUCGUAUCAGCAGUUCCUUGCGGCUAAGGCGCUGAAGAACCAGAGCUGGCGAUUCCACAAGCAGUACCAGACCUGGUUCCAACGCCACGAGGAGCCGAAAACCAUCACUGAGGAAUUCGAGCAGGGGACGUAUCGGUUCUUCGACUACGAGAGUACAUGGAUGAACCGACGCAAGGCGGACUUCAAGUUUGUGUACAAGUAUCUAGAAGAUGAGCUAUAAUGUGAGACUAGGCCCAAGUCAAUGCCAUUCAUGGACAAUUUUAUGUAUCGAUUCGCAUGCACCGAAAAAGCAGGUCCAGUAGCGGGAGGGAAUCAAUCCAUUGAAUACCAGCCAAAAACCAAAAACAAAAUUGACCCCAAUCCGACCUACCGACCGAUCAACUUCAUGUAUGGCAUUGAGGAUUGAAUUGUUCAAACCAGAAGGAGGGGAAGUUGUAUUUUUUUUCUUUUUUUUUUCCUGGUUUUAUCCCAUGCAUGUUUUUUCCUUUUCGUCUUUUUCUUUUCGUCCAUCCGAUUUUCACCUGUUUGAUUGUUCGAAUGCAUGCUUCAGGCACGAGGAAAUGAAAUGGGACUUGUGGGACAGGGGGGGAGUUUUUUUUUUUCUUUUCUUUUUUUUUUCUGCGCUGUUCUUACGUGG